ACAUCCAGAGACAGAAAGCAGCUGGUGGUUCAACUCAACAGUUUCUCAGCAGCAGCAGCCAAACAGCGCCUCCUCCUCCUCCUCCUCCUCUUCCUCCUCCUCCUCCUCCUCCUCCGCCUCCUCCGCCGGUCCUCCUCUCCAUGCCGGCGGAGGUGUCCGCGGGGCUGCCAUGGCGAAGAUCCGGGUGUCGUACGAGUACUCCGAGGCCGAGGACAAGAGCAUCCGGCUGGGCUUGUUCCUGAUCGCCUGCGGCAUCCUGAGCCUCUUCAUCCUCGGCUUCUGCUGGCUCAGUCCCACCCUGCAGAGCCUGCAGAGCAAGCCGGCCAACUGCACGGUGGUGUCGGUGCUGCGUCCGGAGGAGAUGUUUGAGUGUGUGUUCACCUGCGGGGCGGACUGUAAGGGAACGUCUCUCUAUCCCUGCCUGCAGAUCUUCGUCAACAACUCAGAGUCCAACUCGGUCGCUCUGCUGCACUUUGACGAGCAGCAGCUGGUCCUCAACCCAAAGUGCUCGUACGUCCCCCCCUGUGAGCGAGACAACCAGAAGAACCGGGACAGCGUCCUGUGGUGGGAGGAUUACUUCACCAAGGAGGUCAGCAGCCAGGCCUUCACCUGCUUCUUCAACCAGCAGCGCAGACCCGACGACGUGCUGUGGCGGCGUUCCCACGACACGUCGGUGCUGCUGCACUGCGUCCUGUGGCCGAUGGUUUCUCUGCUGCUGGGGACGCUCAUCGUGCUGCUGACCGUCUGCGCGCGCUCGCUGGCCGUGCGUGCCGAGGCGCUGCAGAAGAGGAAGUGCUCCUACGAGGUGUGUCAGGACCUGUCGGGCUCCGCCCCCUCCGCCGCCGCCGCCGCCGGGCCCUCGGAUCGCCGCGGCAACAAGGCGGAGCACGACCCCUGCCUCGCCACGAACUCUGAGGCGGAGCUGUCGUCGCCGACACGGACCCUGCCGCUGUUCGCCGUGCCGGUGCGGCGCCGAGACCGAGAACACUAGAAACGGUCCGAGACGUCGGGAUUAUCUGGAGAGUUGAACCAGCAGAUAUUAGAUCUGAGAUCUGAGGAGAAACCGACGCGCUGCUGCAGGUUUCAACACUUUUCUGUCUGGUUUUUACUGGAUCUGUCGGCUGGAUUCUGAUCUCGAGUCGUUGCCGUGACGACGACAUCGCUGCCAAGAUGAAUUACGUGUCAGGAAAAGUGCUUAAAACCACAAAAACUGGACUGAAGUCUUCUGUAGCUCUUCUUCUAUUACAGUAUUUCUCCCUCUGA